AUGGCCAAAGUUGUCGCUGCGCGACACGACCUUGCCCGGGAGCCGGAGUGGGGCACGCAGUCCGAACGGUUUAGGAGUCGUGGUCAAGAUACUCUACAUCAGUCUUACGUAAAACUUGAGUUUUUGACGAUCAAGGUCAUUAUCAGGCCAUGUUAUUCAACAUAUCUGAAUGUAUUUUUCGAUCGGCUACACAAUGCAGUACAAAGUAGUUAUGUGUUAAAAAACACCAACAUCAAUGUAGUCAUAUCAAUUAACAGUUCGCCUAGAGCAGUUAAAGACAAUCCUAGAACUCGCGUCUCAGUCAUUAAAGGUGCACGUCGCGGUGUUCGUGUUUUAAGAGAAAUUCGUUAUCUCAGAAAAACUGUGUCGCUUCUUAUACCGCGAUUGCCUUUUUGUCGCGUGGUGAGAGAAAUAAUGGUCACGUGUUUUCCAAAUACCGAAGUGGAGAGAAUACAAGCAUCUGCACUUGAAGCUCUACAAGAGGCCGCAGAAGCUUACUUAGUACAAUUCUUUGAAGACUGUGUAAUAAUGUCGAUGCAUGCAAACCGUGUUACUAUUAAGGUUCAAGAUUUGAGAUUAGUCAGAUAUUUCAGAGGAAGAACUGACGUUGCAAACAAAUGAAUUAAUUUUGUUAAACUGGACUGUAUUGUAUUGUAUUGUAUUUAUUUUAUUAACUUGAACUUGCAUCUAUACAAUCUUUAACAAUGAGCUUAUAAUCCUAUAACUAUGUAACAGUUAACAAAUCUUCUUAUAGAUCGAUAUAAUGGAUGGAUAUAAAUAAAGAUUAUAUUUUUCUCUAACUAAUUAGUCCUGCCUACGGUUUUAUGGACAAUUUUUAUCAACUACCUUCCGUUAUCUGAAUUUAGUCUAAUUGUACUCUUUGGAUUAACUGGCCUUAUGGCCUAACUGGCCAUAGUACUCUUGUUCUCGCUACUUUUGCUAUAAAAUAGUUCAGACUACGAUAUGACACUAUGUGAAUUUAGAAGUUCCGACGGAUUGUUACUGUUAGAAAUAGAGUUCGAUGUGUCCGCUCGACAGUGUGAAGGUGUUUGGUACGCGUGUGAACGCGUGAGCGCUUUUACAUCUUGUACACGAACGUGUCGCAGUGAAAGCAUCUAUAAGCAUUAAAAUAUGUUAGUUGCAAGAGCUUUUAUAACUUCAGUGCAACAUUCAUUGCACCAGCUCCAUUCAAAUAGUUACUCAAGUAUUUAGAAGGUCUAAAUUCCGCGUACAUCGGACAAUGAAGUAGUAUAUGCUUGACUGACUCCAGCUCCUCCAUGUUGUAUAGCUUGCAGCUCUCAUUGCUUUUCACUACGAUCCCAGUAU